AUGACGACUCUUUCGCUUAUCCUUCUUUUCAUUUCUUCUGCCAGAGUCUUGCACGCACAGACCUGUCCCCCUGGCUAUGCUCUGAACACUGGGCCUCUUUCCCAAAACCAAACCGUUGACUGGGUUCCCUGCCCAACUGAUCAACAGCCGACGCUCGAGUGCGGCACCUUCCAAGUCCCUCUCGACUAUACCGAUCUUGAGAAAGGAAUUUUGACACUUUCGCUGGUCCGUCAACCGGCGACCGGCAAUGCAUCCGAUGGCCUAUCCAUCAUCAUGAAUCCGGGCGGACCGGGAGAGAGCGGGAUCCAAUCACUUGUUGAAUCUGAAACAUCUUACCUUGAUGAUUCUGGCGGUGGAUAUCAUAUUGUGACUUGGGAUCCCCGUGGAGUAGGAUUGACUAUCCCUUAUCAAUGCCCUCAGUUGUGCACUGAGCAAAGCACGGGCACGUCGUUAAGCGAUCCGGCGUUUCUGAAUUCAACCUUUGUGUCCUUGAAAGAUCAAGGAGAGUAUUGCGCAGAACAACCGGUGCAUCGGAGUUUGGGAGAGCUUGUUGGCACCGCGUUUACGGCCCGGGAUGUCAACGCAGUAUCUGAGGCAAUCAAUCCUGAUGGCCUGAUACGAUAUUGGGGGUUCUCCUAUGGCACCCUCCUCGGCUCGACCAUAGCUGCUAUGUUCCCUGAAAAAGUCGACCGAAUGAUACUGGAUGGCAAUAUCAACCCCACCGACUACUAUCGCGGUCUCAACGCCGAAGCCAUUACCGACGUUGAUCCAGCUGUGGAUCACUUUUUCCAGACAUGUGCUACUGCUGGGCAGGAAUAUUGUUCUCUUGCUAAGGAUGGGUUUUUAGGCGAAGAUCUGAAGAACGAGUUCUUCACGUUGUUGAACAAUCUCAAGAACGGAUCUUCUACUCUAUCCUCCGAUUCGGAUGAAAGUCAGGGAUAUGCGGAGGUAGCUGGGCUCUUGUUCACAAACUUGAAGAGCCCUAGUGAGUGGCCUGUUGUUGCCCAAAAUAUCUCUGCAUUCUAUGAAGCGGAAACCCCAGCAGCUCGCAGAGUCAAGCGUGAAUUCGAUCCACUGGCGACAUUCCAGAUAUCUAACCCGCAGGCUUUGGUCGCUAUCACUUGUGGCGACUGGGUUAACAUUGCCGGAGAUCUUGAUGAUUUCGAAUCCUGGUUGAAGUUGUACGAAGGCAUCAGUGAAUUCGGCGCAGACCAGCUAAUCAGCAUCCUCUACUCGUGCGCCACAUGGCCAACCAGAGCCAAAGAGAUAUUCGAAGGAUCUUUCGAAGGUGUAAAUACCAAACACCCUAUCCUCUUUAUCAACGGGCCGUUCGAUCCUGUGACACCUCUCGUCUCAGCACAGAACUCCAGCUCCGGUUUCGUCGACAGUGUCGUGUUGGAGCAUAAUGGAGCCGGUCAUUGUUCUACCGCAAGUCCAUCGAACUGUACCUCAGGUUUCGUGCGAGCUUAUUGGCAGGACGGAACGUUACCUGAUGCAGGAACCGUUUGUCAACCAGAUGCAGCACCAUUUUCCAACGAACCCAUCAUUCCUUCGAAACGUUUGAUGCGGAGGUUCGACCCCAACUUCAAACAUCCUGCGACGGUCAUCGGGCUUACACCAAUUCAUCUUCUCAACCAACCACGACCACGACAAGAGCCAAAUAUCUGUGACGCCGUUGCUGCGUUGGAGGAUCCCCCAGUCCCGGCAACAUGCAUCGCAACCACUGCCAGCCCAAGUGCUACCGCCACCGCCACCGGCGGCAGUGGGAAUACCUUUGCAACGAGUCGAGAAUCAUCCCCCCCAUAA